UUUAAAUUUAAGCAGUUUUUUGAGUCAUACACUAUCGUGUGAUCGAUUUGAAGCUCGAUUCUAGUAACUUUUAUAUUAUCGUAAUUGAUUUUAUUGCCGCAUAUUACAAGCAAAACAUGAAAAAUGAAGAAAGUGCGGUUGGUGAAUCAAGUUCAGAUGAUGAUACUGUUUCAGAAGAUGAACAAGAUAAUUUUACCCAUACAACUCGGGUAAAAAGAUAUACUGAAUGGUGUGGUGUAGAUACAGAAAAUCACUCUUUCUACGAGACAACUAAAAGGGUAGUAUGGCCCCCUCCUUCUUCCUCCUCCUCAUCAGCGCAAAGUUAUAUAAAUUUAAGACCCACAAGGGUAGGCAAUCCCGUGUUGGGAAACAAAAUGCAAUUGUAUUCAAAAACGGGUCACCAUUUAGCAAUAUAUCCUGAUGGGUCGGUAAAAGGGACUUCAGAUGAAAAUGAUCUUCAUACGUAUUUAGAGGUGGUGUCGGCCGGAUUUCCUGGACACGUGAAAAUAAAAGGAAUGUUAACGAAUCUGUAUGUAGCGAUGAACAAAAAGGGAAUGUUGUAUGGAGAGCCUAACUCCUCAGAGGAAGCAACUGUAUUUAUUGAGUCAUUCCAGGGAUCAUACAACGCGUACUUGUCAAGGAAAUACGCACACUUAGGAUGGUACAUAGGUAUAAAAAAAUCGGGGAAGGUCAAAAAAGGACCAAAAACCGCAUAUGGGCAGAAAGCUGUGCGAUUCAUACCUAGAAGGUCGAAGUUCGAAUGAAAUCUGCAUUUUCUUCAACAGUAUUAUAAAAAAGCAGUAUUUAUUUAUACAGUAAAUGAUUAAUAUGGUCUGUCGUCUGUACACAUUGUCCCAUCCAAGGUCUAUUGUUUCUUAGCUUUCUUAUUAUUAAUAUUAGUUCGAAAAGUAACAUUCUUUAACGGUAUAGUAGGUAAGUGUGAAGUUGUAAAAAAGUGUUUACAAUUUAAAAUUUAAAUAAAUCGAGGUGGGAAAAUUUGAUUAACAGAUUUUUUUGCAAAUAAAAUUUUUUGUUUUUAAUACACUGAUCCGAUGAAAAUCUUUUUGGAACCGCUGAGGUCUCCUAUAGCUCUGCCUUGCUGAUGCGUGGUUAUUUGGAAAUCGGCGAAGAUAAAGAUGUGCAGUUAAGUAGGAGUUUUCAUCAUUGUUUCCAUAUAUGUAUUAUCGUCAUGUUAGUUCUUUGUUACUAUAUUAUUGUGCCAUUUUAGUGUGCUUAUUCGUACUUGUUAAUUCACACACAUAGACAUUCCAUUCACACACUGUAAGAAAAGUUGGACUCAUUUUCACUCAAUUUCACUCAAUAAUGUGCUAAUUUCUGUCCAUGC